UGAGGCAUGGAUACUAGAGCUGAGGCUAGGUAGGGGGCACGACCCGGUCCCAGGCCGACCAGAACCCCCAGGGCCUGCCCUGCAGAGCAGCCCUCCGCCCGUCUUUUCUCUGCUAGAACAUUCUCUGCUAGAACACUCUCCUCCGGGCUCCUUUUGGCAAAGAUGCCGCAUCCCAGCGAGAGGUUCUCACCCAAGAUGAAGCAGACAGGGCGCUAGGGGACAGAUGAGACUCGGGAGUCACGCCUCACAUACCGCUUGUAGCUGUGAAAGCUUCAGCUGGUUCCUUCCCUCCCCUUGAGUCUGGAAAAUGAGGGUUGUGGUGCCCUCCCUCCCCCAGAGUGGGGAUUAAAGGAGGCACCGGAAGCAUCUGGUGGCCGUAAGUUGCGUAUGGCCGUGCUGUUGUUUUCCUCUGGGCUCCCCAUCCCUGGAGCCCUCUGCCCAGGGCCCUCCCGCCAGCCCUGCUCAGACAAAGGGGGGGCCAGCCUUGUGUCUGUGGAAGCUUAAUGGCAGGUUCAGACCAUCGAGUUUGAGUCAUGGAGACAGAUAAUGAUAACCCCAGUGUCUGCCUCUGAUGGCGUUGUGUAUAUACCUUGUUCCGUGGGAGCCACUGGGUCAUCCACUGGGGACCCUCGGUGUCGCCGCCGUCUUGCCUUUGAUUGUAGUCUUGACCUGGUGGAUACUGCAGCUUCCGCCACUGCGAGAUGGACCCAGGCAGGAAGUUGGUCCUCGCCUGUGUACGUGGCAUUUCUGUCGCAGCCCCAACAGCGGAGCCGUGUCCCUCACAGGAAAGAUGAUUCCGGUGGCCGAGUUCAAGCAGUUCACGGAGCAGCAGCCCGCGUUCAAGGUGCUCAAACCCUGGUGGGACGUGCUGGCGGAGUACCUCACCGUGGCUAUGCUCAUGAUCGGGGUCUUCGGCUGCACCCUGCAGGUGACACAGGACAAGAUCAUCUGUCUGCCCAGUCACGAACUCCGGGAGAAUUUCUCAGAGGCCCCCUGCCAGCAACUGCUGCCUCGGGGCGUCUCCGAGCAGAUGGGGGGCCUCCGGGAGGUAAGCGGCCUCAAGAACAAUCUGGACCUCCAGCAGUACAGCUUCAUUAACCAGCUCUGCUACGAGACAGCCCUCCACUGGUACGCCAAGUACUUCCCCUACCUGGUCGUCAUUCACACGCUCAUCUUCAUGGUCUGCACCAGCUUCUGGUUCAAGUUCCCCGGCACCAGCUCCAAGAUCGAGCACUUCAUCUCCAUUCUGGGCAAGUGUUUCGACUCUCCGUGGACCACACGGGCCCUGUCCGAGGUCUCUGGGGAGAACCAGAAGGGCCCCACCACCGGACGGGCGACAGCGACCGUGGAGGCCUCGGCGGGGUCGGGAAAAGCCAAUGAGGGUGAGAAGGAAAAGGUGCUGGUGGAGCCCGAGAAGGUGGUGACUGAGCCACCAGCCGUCACCCUACUGGACAAGAAGGAGGGUGAGCAGGCCAAAGCCCUGUUUGAGAAGGUCAAGAAGUUCCGCGUGCACGUGGAAGAGGGGGACAUCUUGUACACCAUGUACAUCCGGCAGACGGUGCUCAAAGUCUGCAAGUUCUUUGCCAUCCUGGUCUACAACCUGGUCUACGUGGAGAAGAUCAGCUUCCUGGUGGCCUGCAGGGUGGAGACCUCGGAGGUCACGGGCUACGCCAGCUUCUGCUGCAACCACACGAAGGCCCACCUCUUCUCCAAGCUGGCUUUCUGCUACAUCUCCUUCGUGUGCGUCUACGGGAUCACCUGUCUCUACACCCUCUACUGGCUCUUCCACCGGCCCCUCAAGGAGUACUCCUUCCGUUCUGUGCGGGAGGAGACGGGCAUGGGUGACAUCCCCGACGUCAAGAACGACUUUGCUUUCAUGCUGCACCUCAUCGACCAGUAUGACUCCCUCUACUCCAAGCGCUUUGCCGUCUUCCUCUCCGAGGUCAGCGAGAGCCGCCUGAAGCAGCUCAACCUGAACCACGAGUGGACGCCCGAGAAGCUGCGGCAGAAGCUGCAGCGCAACGCCCGCGGCCGGCUCGAGCUGGCCCUCUGCAUGCUCCCGGGGCUGCCCGACACCGUCUUCGAGCUCAGCGAGGUGGAGGCGCUCCGGCUGGAGGCCAUCUGCGACAUCACCUUCCCCCCGGGCCUCUCGCAGCUGGUGCACCUGCAAGAGCUCAGCCUGCUUCACUCGCCCGCCCGGCUGCCCUUCUCCUUGCAGAUCUUCCUGCGGGACCGCCUGAAGGUCGUCCGGGUCAAGUGUGAGGAGCUCCGCGAGGUGCCCCUGUGGGUGUUCGGGCUGCGUGGCCUGGAGGAGCUGCACCUCGAGGGGCUCUUCCCCCCGGAGCUGGCUCGGGCGGCGACCCUCGAGAGCCUCCGGGAGCUGAAGCAGCUCAAGGUGCUGUCUCUGCGGAGCAAUGCCAGCAAGGUGCCAGCCAGCGUGACCGACGUGGCCGGGCAUCUGCAGCGGCUUAGUCUGCACAACGACGGGGCCCGCCUGCUGGCCCUGAGCAGCCUCAAGAAGCUGGCGGCGCUGCGGGAGCUGGAGCUGGUGGCCUGCGGGCUGGAGCGCAUCCCCCAUGCCAUCUUCAGCCUGGGGGCGCUGCAGGAACUUGACCUCAAGGACAACCACUUGCGGUCCAUUGAAGAGAUCCUCAGCUUCCAGCACUGUCGCAAGCUGGUCACGCUCAGGCUGUGGCACAACCAGAUCGCCUACGUCCCCGAGCACGUGCGCAAGCUCCGGGGCCUCGAGCAGCUCUACCUCAGCCACAACAAGCUGGAGACCCUGCCCACCCAGCUCGGCCUGUGCUCUGGCCUCCGCCUGCUGGACAUCUCCCACAACGGGCUGCGCUCCCUGCCGCCCGAGCUGGGCCUCCUCCAGAGCCUGCAGCACCUGGCUGUGUCCUACAACGCCCUGGAGGCCCUGCCGGAGGAGCUCUUCUGCUGCCGCAAGCUGCGGACGUUGCUCCUGGGCUACAACCACUUGAGCCAGCUCUCGCCCCAGGUGGGGGCCCUCAGGGCCCUCAGCCGCCUGGAGCUCAAGGGCAACCGCUUGGAGGCUCUGCCAGAAGAACUUGGCAACUGCGUGGGGCUCAAGAGAGUGGCGCUCCUGGUGGAGGACACCCUUUACGAGGGCCUGCCAGCGGAGGUGCGGGAAAAAAUGGAGGAGGAAUGAAGCGAAAGGUGGGGCAGGUUGGGGUAGAGGCCUUCUGGAUGCUUCCACCCCAGAAUCUCUACUGUCGUCUUCAAGCGAGGUGGCCAACAGGGCCCAGGCCAGGAGACGAGGAGCAGACACAUCAGCCUUGGGGGCGGGGGGGGGGGGGGGGGGGGCCCAAACAAGAUCCUGGGAUUGGUUUGUCCGAGAAGAGACAGGAGGCUGUGGAUUUGGGGUGGACCGUCGUAGAGGGAUCAACUCAGUCGCAGGAGUCUCAGACCAAAAGCACACCCGUGUCUUUGGCUGGCUGUCCUGCCCUCCCCGCGGACAUUCUAGCUCAAUUAGUGCCGUAUGUGGGGGUGAGGCACAUCCCAAUGGGAUUUCAACCCUUUCUCCCCCAACCCAAACAGCUUACAUCUGCGGUUCUCUCCCAAGGAGGGGACACAGACACGAGGGACCAGCGACCCCUGCCCCCAACUUUGAUGCCAAUCCCUUAUUUAUAAGUUGUUUGCAAUGGACACGUGAACUCCGUAAAAUGGUCCUCGUGUUUGGCCUUGCAUCAAAAUCAACAGCCCCGGAACAAAACCUCCCAGGCCCCACCCCUGAAAGACUGACUCAGGUCUGGCUGGAGGCCAGGAACUUGUCUGUGAAUCAGCAUCCCAGGUAAUUCUGAUGCGGGUGGUCCUAGGCCUGUAUGUUGGGAAACGCUGACCUACAGAAUCCGGAUGUUCAGAGCCGGGGUUCUGAACCCUUUUGAAGACCUAGGACUUUUGAACAUCUUAUAAAAGUUGGGCACCUCCUUGCCCAGGAAAAUGUACACACACAUGCCAAAUUCCAAAGCUACUUCAGGCCGUCAACGGAUUCCCCCAGAUUUCCCAGAGGGCCAUUCACGGACACCCUAAGGAUGGCAGACUCCAGGGUUACGAACACCUGCUGUGGAAUUUACAUGUUUCUGAGAACAGGCAGGGACUUUGUGUCUUUCAAAUGUUCUCUGUGUGAGGGAGCAUCUGUCAGUGGGUGGCUAAUAAAUAAUACUAUGAG